CUUGUAUGACAUGUCAGGUGUGUGUUGUCAGAUGAACGAGCGUGAGCCGUCAUGUCGCUGCAGUUUACAGAUGAGGAGUUUCAGAGCGCUUGGAAGGAGCUGGAUGAGCCGCAGCUGGAGGGAGGAUGGGAACUCUUCACUGAGACAAUGGGAGUCAAAAUCUACCGGCUCCACGAUAAGGAAACUGGACUUUAUGAGUACAAAGUCUUUGGUGUGCUCAACACCUGCAAUGCAGAGCUGUGUGCAGAUGUCUACAUGGACUUGGCGUAUCGGAAAAAUUGGGAUACAUAUGUGAAAGAGCUCUAUCAGAAGGACUUCAGUGGACAAACUGCAAUCUACUGGGAAGUAAAAUACCCAUUUCCCAUGUCAAACAGAGAUUAUGUGUACAUGAGGGAGCGCAGAGACCUGGAUGUGGAUGGCAGGAAGAUCUGGGUGAUCCUGGCCAGAAGUGCACCAGAGACACCAUGUGCAGAAAAGAGCGGCGUGCUGCGGGUCAAAGACUACAAGCAGAGCGUGGCCUUGGAGAGCGACGGAGGCUGUGGAACCAAAGUUUUCAUGAACUACUUCGACAACCCUGGUGGCUCGAUUCCCACCUGGCUGGUGAACUGGGCAGCGAAGACUGGGGUUCCAGGUUUCUUAACAGACAUGCAGAAGGCCUGCAGCAACUACAGCAAAUUCUGCACGAAGAAGUGAAUGCAACUGACAGCACAAUGGCUCAUGCACAAGGGCUCAAUUUUAUUUUUCUUGUUUCAGUCUAAGGAGGUAUUCUGCUGCUGUAUGAUCAAAUGUGAUGUUUCUGAAUGGGGUGAAUGUGGCAUGAUGUGGGCUGCUACUUGUUGUUGUAGCAUGCUGUUAACUCAGGCAUGAUGUGCAUGACCUACCACCCUCAUUACUAGGCUGCUGGGGAAUCAAUUAUGUGUCAUUGUACUGUAUUGAUCAAUACUGUAUUAUCUUUUCUGGGCUAUCACUGUUUGUGAGCUCCAGUCACUCCAGAAUUUUGGAGCUUUUAGGAAUUUUAAAUUGGCAAAGGACAAACCCCACCCUGUUGUAUUAAUAUUGGUGCCUUGACUGGCCACUACCAGCAAAUACUAGCGCCAAGAUUUAGCAAUUUAUUCAGACCAUUAGUGAAAAAGCAAGUUAUAUAUUCAAUUGUAUUAUAUUUUUGCAAUAUAUUUAAAAUUUCUCAGCAACAUUCUUCAUCAAGCACAACCGUUACAUUUAAUGCGUAUGCAAAUUAGUGUAUGACUCCAUGUGGCAACUUUUAGCAACUUUUGGUGCUAGUCCUAGCUACUUUUUUUGGAAAAGAGUUACGAAUCCUGCACAGGACAAACUGUAUUUUAGUUUGCCCCUUCCUCUCAUAGCACAUUUUAACUUUAACUUCUUUUUAGUUUCUCAAAUGUACAUGUGCAAUUUAACUGUUGCAUUAUAAUAUGAUUCUUUGUACUGUAUGUUUUGUUCACACCACAUUCUUGCUCCCGACAAUGUCAUUUUGCUGUAAUUCAUUCAUCAGUUAUAAUGUUGUGAAAAUUACAAAUCUGUACUUUUCGCGGAAUGUUAACUGAUGGGCAUUUUAUGAUUCAUUUUCAUGGGUUUACUAAUUAUGCAAAGGGGAUUUUAUGAUACUGAUUUUGGGUGAAAUUGAUUAUCUGUGAUAAUACUCUAUUGAUUUUGGCUGUACCUCAGUGCUCCAGUUGAUGUAGGUGAAUAUAGUUUAUUCUACACAAUUAAGGCCUAUUACUGUGUAAUAUUGAUUGAAAUAAAUAAAGUUACAUUUUAAAUUUA